UUUUGGAAGAAACAAAAAACAAAACAGAAAUAGGAAAAAGGGUUACUAACGCCAAAAACCCAACCCUUGUCCUGUGUUCUUCAUCAGCGCGACAGCGCCGCGUUCUCAAAGUUGCUCUCACAAUCAAAAGCUUCUCCGAUCUCCAAUCAUAUAAGUUAUGGCUGGGAAAGCUGCAGAAGCUGUGGCGAAGACAGUGACGGGGUUUCAAUAUCCAUGGAGGGCGAAACUCGAUAAGUACAGAACCGAGCUGACAAAAGGCGUGUGGGGUUAUUGGGAGAUGGGAGCAUGGAAACCGUUAGGGAUAAGCGCAAGAAGGAGGGCGAUGCUGAGGAAAGAAGUGUUGACUAAUGGAGAAGAUUGGCCUUAUGAUCCAGAGAGGAAAGCUAUGAGGACAAAGAGGAAAGGGCAUAAAUGCGAUAGGAUUUCGGCUGAGAAAAGAGAGAACACGGCGAAACUUAUGCUGAAGAUGCCUCAGAUGCUGCUUGAUUAUAAGAAGAGAAGGUGGGAGAAGAAGAUGAAGGAAGAAGAGAAAGCUAAAGAAGACAAGUAAUUGAUUUGUUGAGAUCAUUACUUUAGUCUUGAGCUGAUGAAUAAUAAUCAUUUAGUUUGUUGAUCUCAUGAAAUCUGGAUUUUGAAAUCUUGGGUCUAAGAGCUCAAGUUUGCUUCUGAUAUGCUUUUUUAUGAUGUUUUUUUGUUUAUGUUUGUUCUUAACAGAACCCAAACGUGGUUGUGGUUAGGAUCGGAUUCUUUUUAACCAAAGAAUAAUUUUGUCUGUAAAAAAUGGUUUAUGAAAUAUCGGUUCGUGCAAUUUCUAGAAGAAA